AUGGAGUCCCCUUCCCGCUCCUCCGUCAUCAUUGUCGGUGCCGGAGUCUCCGGUUUAUCGGCAGCGAAGGUGUUGAUCGAGAACGGCGUGGAGGACGUGGUAAUUCUAGAAGCUUCAGACCGUAUCGGCGGCAGGAUCUUAAAACAAGAUUUCGGAGGCGUAUCGGUGGAGCUCGGCGCCAAUUGGAUAACCGGCGUCGGCGGCAAAGAGUCAAAUCCGAUCUGGGAGCUCGCCCAGAAAUGGAAUCUCCGCACUUUCUUCUCCGACUACAGCAAUGCUCACUUCAACAUCUACGAUCAAAGUGGGAAGAUAUUUCCUAGUGGAGUCGCCGCAGACGCCUUCAAGAAGGCCGUGGAGUCGGCGACGCAGAAGUUGAAGAAGCUUGAAGCCGACUCUUGCUAUGGUAUCGACACCAAAGCCGCCAAACCGUCUUCGACACCGAAAACGCCCCUGGAGCUCGCUAUUGAUUUCAUGCUGCACGAUUUUGAGAUGCCGGGAGGUGACCCCAUAUCGACAUUCCUAGAUUUUGGAGAACGAGAGUUUUUAGUUGCGGAUGAAAGAGGAUACGAUCAUCUGCUAUACAAAAUGGUUGAAGAGUUUCUUUUUACCUCUGAGGGUAAAUUGUUGGACAAUCGUCUCAAGUUCAACAAGGUUGUUCGGGAGUUGCAGCACUCGAGCAACAGCGUUACGGUAAUGACGGAGGAUGGUUGCGUUUUUGAAGCAAAUUACGUGAUUUUGUCCGUUAGCAUUGGCGUUCUCCAAAGCGACCUCAUUGCCUUCAAUCCACCCUUGCCUAGAUGGAAAACUGAGGCUAUACAGAAAUGUGAUGUGGUAGUGUACACAAAGAUCUUUCUCAAGUUCCCCUCUAAGUUCUGGCCUUGUGGCCCCGGAAAAGAGUUCUUCGUCUACGCCCAUGAGAGGAGAGGCUAUUACACAUUUUGGCAGCACCUGGAGAAUCAAUAUCCAGGAUCCAAUAUACUGGUCGUGACUUUGACGAAUGAGGAAUCAAAGCGUGUGGAAGCUCAAUUGGAUGAGGAAACAUUGAAAGAAGCCAUGGGGGCUCUUAAGGACAUGUUUGGACACAACAUUCCUGAAGCUACUGAUAUAUUUGUACCUCGUUGGUGGAACAAUAGGUUCCAGCGAGGCACCUACAGCAACUUUCCUCAUGACCAAGUUGUUCGUGACAUCAAGGCCCGAUUAGGGUGCAUCUUUUUCAGUGGAGAACACACAAGUGAGAGAUAUAGCGGCUAUGUCCACGGUGGAUACCUUGCAGGUAUUGAGACAGGUAAAGCGUUGCUCGAAGAAAUAGAAAAGGAAAAAGAAAGGAGUAUUGAGAGUGAGAAUCAAACAGUUUCGUUAGAACCCUUGCUUGCAACGACUGGUUCAUUAAGUUUGACGCAGAACGAAACGAUGCUGUAUCGAGUCUCAAAUGCGAUAUUCCUAGACAAUUGUAUCUAAGUGGCAAAGUUGGCGUCCCGGAUAAACCUCACCAUGAUGACACUGAUAAUAAUGAUGCAAAAGAAAACAUUUGCAUAUUGAGAAAGAUAUCUCACAAGAUGGAGUUGAAUAUAAUUUGUGUUGAAGUCCUUGAUGCCGUUUAUGAAGCAGAAGGGGAGAAAUUAUAGAAUGAUACAAGCGUAUGGUUGAUAAUAGUAUAGUUUGGGAUAAAAUUAAGGGUUAAUUACAAAAGAGCCCCAAAAUUAUGGUGGUCAUUUUCAAGUUCACCUAUUUUGUAAAACAUUUCCAAAUUCCAAAUUCCUUGAAGUUUCGUUUUUUUUUUGCCCCAUAUUUCAAACGAACAGUUUAUGAGGCAAG